UUCAUGUACAUAAUAUAUAUAUACAUAUAACCAAAAACUCUAACUUCGUUUUCUCUGACCGUCGCGAAUGAUCUCUUCGUUUCUUCGGACCAAAUGAAGCAGAGAUAAGAGAAAAAAAAGAAAAAAAAAAUUCAGCAGAGAAAGAGGAGCCGCAUCACAAUGCCUAACUAUUCUAAGUUACUUAUCUUCUGCUUGUUCUUAUUCGUGACCUUAUUAUUCUCCUGCAAUGCAGGAGGGGCCGCGAGCAGUUUUGACGAGACGUCAGCGCUGCUCGCGUUUAAAUCGGCUCUGGUCGAUCCGCUCGGCGCGUUAAGUGGCUGGGCCAGCGGCCUCCCGCACUGUGGCUGGCCCGGCGUGGGCUGCGGCACAGCCGGUACCGUCCUGCGGCUCGACCUCUCCUGCAUGAACCUCAGCGGCACCGUCUCCGACGACAUUCUCCGCCUCCCGAGCCUCGCCUAUCUCAACCUCUCGUACAAUUCAUUCUCCACCGCGCUCCCCGCGUCCCUCGCCGCGCUCUUGGCGCUCGAGGUGUUCGACGUGAGCCAGAACAACUUCGCGGGCGAGUUCCCCGCCGGGCUCGGCGCCUGCGCCGGCCUUGUAACCGUCAAUGCGUCCGGGAACAACUUCGUCGGCGUGUUACCGGAGGACCUGUCGAAUGCGACGUCGCUAGAGGUCAUCGACCUCCGCGGGAGCUUCUUCGAGGGCCCGAUACAGCCGUCCUACGGCAGCUUCCGGAAGCUCAAGUUUCUAGGCCUCUCCGGCAAUAACAUCACCGGAAAGAUCCCCGUUGAGCUCGGCGGCGUCUCCUCGUUGGAGAAGCUCAUAAUUGGAUACAACGAGCUCGAAGGGACCAUCCCCGCGGAGUUCGGGAACCUCGCGAAUCUCCGGUACCUCGACCUCGCGGUCGGGAACCUGAACGGACCGAUCCCGCCCGAGUUAGGCCGGCUGCGGAGCCUGACCACGCUCUACCUGUACAAGAACAAUCUCGACGGCAUGAUCCCGAAGGAGAUCGGGAACGCGUCGGCGCUUGCCUAUCUCGACCUCUCCGACAACUCGAUCGCGGGGCCGAUACCGGCCGAAUUGGCGCAGCUGGCGAAUCUGCAGCUGCUGAACGUCAUGUGCAACCGGCUGAAGGGCCCGGUACCGGCCGGGAUCGGGGAAUUGGCGCGGCUGGAGGUGCUGGAGCUGUGGAACAACUCGCUGACCGGCCCGCUCCCCGCGGGGCUCGGCCAGAGCUCUGCGCUGCAGUGGCUCGACGUGUCGUCGAACAUGCUCUCCGGCCCGAUCCCCGCCGGCCUCUGCGCCGGCGGGAAUCUCACCAAACUGAUACUCUUCGGCAACAACUUCUCCGGCGGCAUCCCGGGCAGCUUGGCCACGUGUGCUUCACUCGUGCGCGUGCGCAUGCAGAACAACCGGCUCAACGGCACCGUCCCCGGCGGCUUUGGCCGCCUCCCGCGGCUCCAGCGGCUCGAAUUGGCGGGCAACGAGCUCGGCGGCGAGAUACCGACCGACCUCGCGCUAUCGACGUCGCUGUCAUUCAUCGAUCUUUCGCACAACAAUCUCCGGUCGUCGCUUCCCUCGAACAUCCUGGCCGUGCCGACGCUCCAGAGCUUCGCGGCAGCCGACAACCAGCUGACGGGUGAAAUCCCGGACCAGUUCCAGGACUGCCCGGCGCUCGCGGCGCUCGACCUGUCGAACAACCGGCUGACCGGCGGCGUGCCGCCGGGCCUGGCGUCCUGCCAGCGCCUCGUGAAUUUGAACCUCCGGAGCAACCGGCUGGCUGGCGACAUACCGGCAGCGAUCGCCGCCAUGCCGGCGCUUGCCGUCCUCGACCUUUCAAGCAACUUCUUCACCGGCCCGAUACCGGAGAACUUCGGCAGCUCCCCGGCGCUCGAAACGCUCAACUUGGCAUACAACAACCUCUCCGGCCCCGUCCCCGGCAACGGAAUUCUACGUUCCAUCAAUCCCGAUGACCUCGCCGGCAAUCCGGGGCUCUGCAGCGGAGUGCUCCCGCCAUGCUCGGGUGCGAUCGGCCGCGAAUUCCCGACGACGAGCGAAAGGAUCGAGCACCUGAAGCAUAUUGCCGUCGGGUGGCUGGCGGGGAUUGCCGUGGUGGCUGCAUUGUGUGCCGCGCUCUUCGCCGGCCGAAUUGUGUACCGGAGGUGGUACGUGGACCGUGGCGGCGGCGGCGGAGGGUGCUGCGAUGACCACGUCGACGAGGAAAGCGGUGCAUGGCCGUGGCGGCUCACGGCGUUCCAGCGGCUUGGCUUCGCGACCGCCGACAUACUCGCCUGCGUCAAGGAGUCCAAUGUGAUCGGCAUGGGCGCCACCGGGAUUGUGUACAAGGCCGAGCUGCAGCGGCCGCAUUUGGUGAUUGCCGUGAAGAAGCUGUGGCGGCCGUCGAGGGCCGAGGGUGUGGGAUCGGAGCCCAGGUGCGAUAUCGCGGCGGCGGAAGUGAGCGUGCUGGGCCGGUUGCGGCACCGGAACAUAGUGCGGCUGCUCGGGUACCUGCACAACGACGCUGACGCGAUGCUGCUGUACGAGUACAUGCCGAACGGGAGCCUGUGGGAGGCGCUGCACGGGCCAGGAGGUGCUGGAGGGGGCCGGGUGCUCGCCGACUGGGUGGCGCGGUACAAUGUUGCACUGGGAGUGGCGCAGGGAUUGGCAUACCUGCACCACGACUGCCACCCGCCAAUCAUCCAUCGCGACAUCAAGUCAAACAACAUCCUGCUCGACGCGAACAUGGAGGCCCGCAUCGCCGACUUCGGGCUCGCGAGGAUGGUGGCGCACAAGAACGAGACGCUUUCGGUGGUCGCCGGAUCCUACGGCUACAUUGCACCAGAGUACGGGUACACUCUGAAGGUGGAUCAGAAGAGCGACGUAUACAGCUACGGAGUGGUGCUGAUGGAGCUCCUGACAGGGAAGAGGCCGAUCGAGCCGGAGUUCGGGGAGAGCCAGGACAUAGUCGGGUGGAUCCGCGAGAGGCUGCGGAGCAACCGGGCGGAGGCGGUGCUCGACCCGAGCAUCGGCGGGGGGCAGUGCAAGCACGUGCAGGAGGAGAUGCUGCUGGUGCUGCGGAUCGCGGUGCUCUGCACCGCGAAGCUGCCCAAGGACCGGCCGUCGAUGCGGGACGUGCUCACCAUGCUCGGCGAGGCGAAGCCCCGCAGGAAGAGCGGGAGCUCCGGGGGCGGGAGCGGCGGCACGGCGGUGGCGAGCAAUGUGGUGGACAAGGAUAAGCCCGUGUUUAGCACCUCGCCGGAAUCCGGGUACCUUUGAUUCAGAAUAAGAGGCUCUCUUAUGGUUCAAUGUUUUGCUGAUUCUUAAUUUUGUAUGUAGUUUUUCUUCUUUUCUUUUUUUUUCCCUUCAUUUUUGAUUUGUAACAUUUGUGUAAGCAUGCACCAAUGAUAGUUGUGUAGAUUGAUUUUAUUAACAAAAAAACAAAGAAAAAUAAUUUGUGUA